GCGGCAGCGCUGUGUUAAAACAGGCGGUGGCAGAAACGAAAGUAAAACUUACCAGAACAACAAGGAGCUCGAUGGCAGAGUUAAUGCAACAGCGAACCAUAAUAACCAGUUCCGUAAGUCUGGUUUGGCAGUAUAUACAGAUGAUCUAAACUGCACCACCUGUUUGUGCUGAAAUGGAGGGAAUCCGCGCUCUGUUGCUUGUUUUGCUUCUACCUGCCGCCGUUUCAGCAGGUUCUCACUCUUUAGCCAUGGUCACAACGUUCAUCGAAGGACAGACGCCGUUUCCAGAGUUUAGUUUCACACUGAUGCUGGACGACAUCACAGUUUCGUACUUUGAUUCUGAGACUGAGACGCUUUUUCCUCGAGGUGUUGAUCGAGACCAGGGCGACGAUGGUGUGAUCGACCCAGAUCAUCUCAAGACCAUAACGUCCUUCAUGCAUGCUGACUUUAAACGGAGACAUCUGUUUAUAAAAUAUGAGUUAAAUUACACUGAAAGUAUUGAAGUCCAACAGAGGCUGGUGGUGUGUGUACUGUUGGACAAUGACCAGCCUGGACCGUUCGUCCUCAAGAAUGCAAUCGGAGGCACCACAAAAGAUGAGCUGCGUUUCCAUGAGCACAAAUUUACAUAUCAAAAUGCUUUAAAUAUCACAGAAGAAAGACUGAAAACACAUUUGGAGGUAACUAUGUGGCGUCAUGAAAACCUGUACUACCCAGUGUGCAUUAAAACACUCAGAGGCUACCUGGAAAAGAGAAUGAGUCAGGUGAAGAGGAGAGUGAAGCCCAGAGUGAGGCUCAUCCAGAGAAGACGCUCCGUGUCUGGGUGGGAUGGCGUGACCUGCCUGGCCACUGGUUUCUACCCCCGUCACAUCGACCUGACCAUCUUCAGAGACGGGCAGCCAGUUCCUGAUCACCUGACCACUGGAGGAGACCUGCUGCCCAAUGUAGAUGGGACCUACCAGAUGAGGAAGAACCUGGAGCUCAGUGAAGAGGAGCUGAAGAAGUACAGCUACACUUGUACAGUCGCCCACCUCAGCCUGGACAACAAGCUGGACAUCCAUCUGGAUUAUGAUCCAGGGGAGCCCAUUGUGCCCAUUCUUAGCUCUGUGGUUGCUGCUCUGGUCUUGUCGUGUGUGAUUGUGGCCGUUGUCUGGAUGAUAUACAGGAGAAAGCGAAGAGCUUCUUCUCUGGGGGACUAUUCAUCAACCUCCACCUCAGAAGAAAAACAGGUUCCACUGGAUGAUCUAGUUGAGGACUCUUAGAAAUGAGAACUUCAAUCGUCUAAAAAAGUCCUGUGUUCUGUGUAAAUUACUUAGGUUUUUUUAUAUUCUACUGUUUUUUAAAAAAUUCCUGUGCAUUAAUGAUUUAUAGUACUGUAAGUGUUUGGAAUGUUUUGCAUUUAUAAUCCAUGAAAUAAAUGUGGAUUAGUGUUAAUUCCUUAAAAUAUGAAAUAAGCAGGCUUAAAAUGAAACUGCAGAAAAUGUCAUCUUGUUCUACUUGUUUUCUCACCCUGCAGAAAUAAUUACCACUUGACCACGCCUACUGUUUGAUUACAUACAGGAGAGAUGGAGAGAUUGUAUACAGUGUUAUAUACAGUAGAUGGUACAGUAACAUGGUCUUUUAGGAAUAGCACUAUUGUCAUAAUGCAUAACUUUAACAUUUUUGGUAUCACUUUAUGUGAAGACUACCUGCAGGGUGAAUAAAUAAUGCAUGGCUAAGUCCUGCUAUAACAUACUUACGAAGCAAUAUUUGAGCAUUCAUGACCAGCUUAUGCUAGCAAUUGCAAGAUGACAUAGGAUGUCCUAUGAGGUAAAUGGCAUUGCAUUGUCAUAAGGGACCCUAAACUGAAGUGAUAGACCUUUCUGUAACCUAAUUCUUGUGGUUUGAUGGUUAAGUUAAGGUUUAACGUGUGAGUGUCCACUGUGGUUAAUGAGCUACAGCUCUGGGAAAAAGCUGUGAGCAAAUCUGGCUGUGCUGGAUUUGUCGGCCCUGAAUCUUCUACCAGAGGGAGUGUCUGGAGGAGGUGAUGUCCAGGAUACGAGGGGACAUCUAUAAAGAACAUUCGACUACCCAGUGAGCAUGAACUGUGAUGGAACAGUCUGAAGAUUCAUGUAAAGAGUUAGAAUUUGUUCCCUGUUUCUUUAAGCAGGUGAAUGCAGGUAGGGUCCUGGGAGACUGACUCAGGAGAGAGAACCUGAGAGGGAGGUCAGAUGCAUCAACCUGUUUUCUCUGUAUUGCAUUUCAUGUUUUGUUGUGUUGGUGUGUCUGUAGUCGAAUCCUCUCAGGCUCCUCUAGGAACAUGUUUCUCUCUGUGUAUUGUGGUAUGUCUGUUAACAGAGCCUGUGUCAGCUCUUCGGAUUAAUGGUAACAGAGUUUCUCUCAUCUGUUGUUGCCAAAAUAAGAAAGGUGGGAGGAGCCUUAGAGCGGCAGUUGUCUAUGUAAUAGAAUAACGAACAGCGGAGCUCCAUUGUUGCCUCAAGACAGAAUCUGUGGCACAUAUUUGUGCUGAAAUGAAUGGAAUCUGCUGCUUAUUGUCUGCACUGCUUGUUCUUUCAAUAUCUACUGCUGUUCCAGUAGGCAAGAGCUCAAAGAGUCUGAGUUAAAUUAAUUAAUUCAUGCCUUUUUUAUGCAUGAACAAUCAAUUAUUCUGACAAAAAAUAGAAUUGUGGAUAUUUUGUAAAUUUGACCACUACAAUUUUUCUAAAGUGUAUUAAAAAGCCACUUUAUCUGAAAAUAAAUUUGCAAACAAGA